AUGGGUUCGAAGCGAAAAAAGAAGAAACAGUCUCAGACUAUUUACAAAGAAUCAAACAACGAUGAACAGAAAUCAUUAAAUGACCCUCAACGAAUUAAUGAGUCGGUAUCAAUUUUAAAUAGUAGCAAUGACGAAGAAACUAAAUUACCGCCGUUAGAAGAACUUUCCAAUACAAGCUUUAAAAUUCUUCCAAUUGAAAUGUCUUCACCCAACACCACUUCUUUUACUUCAAUUCAUUAUUGUUACUUUAAAAGUCACGAGUCACGUUCUAAUAAUUCUUCAAUUAAUAUCUUACCUCCCGAUAAAACUCUUUUUAUUUCAAAUUUACCAAUUGAUUCAACAGAAGCACAUAUUAAAUAUUUAUUUCAAGAUUUAGGAUGGUUGCGUGAUUAUCGAUUACAUCGUCCAGUUCAAAUAAAACUUCAAGAAGCAGUUGAUGAAUAUAUAGUUAAUUUUGAAGAAGCUGAAUUAGAACGACGUAAAGAUUUAGAAGCAAAACUUAAUCAACCAGACGAGGAUGGAUUUAUCACGGUAACAAGAGUUGGAAGACGUAAUGUUAAUACGGAUGGUACAAUAACUGUAACGGCAGCUAAAGCAGAAGAAAUUAAGAAUUUGAAACCAAAGAAUAAGGAAUUAACGGACUUUUAUCGAUUCCAAAUGCAACUCAUCGACCUUCGCAAAAAGUUCGAAGAAGAUAAAGAAAAGAUCGCUAAACUAAAAGCUUCAAGACGAUUUAAACCAUAUUAA